AGUUGAAUAAUUUCCCUUUGAAGUUAAGAUCAAAGUCUGGAACGUCAAAAAUUUUAUUUUUUCGAUAAAUUCAUUUUUGUUUUUUAAAUAAAAUUAAAGAUGAGUAAUAGAAAGUCAAAAUUGGUACAAUCGCUGGAGGAGUCUGUGUCCCCUAUCCAUCAUGAGGAUGUCGUUCGCUUCAUUGCCGAACAGGUCCGUCAGCCAAUGAUCAGUCCAAUUGAACUGAAUCUGGAUUAUAAACAGGAUCUGAGCAUUCUCCACCUUGAGGAUGCCUUUAAGUUUAGGGAUUCCAUGAAGAACUUUCAUAUAUCGCCUACUGCUGAGUCCCUAGAUGAAGUAAUGCCAGUAAAGGAUGAAGAUCUUGGUGACAUGCUGGAAGCUCUAACCGAUGUUCUUCUCGAGGACGAUGACGAGGGCGAAGAUGAAGAGGAGGAUGACGACGACGAGGAAGAUAAUGAAGAUGCUGAAGAUGGCGAUAGGAAGACUAGUGCCAGUUCAGGCAAUGAUCAGAUCAUAUACGAUAACAAUCUUGGAUUCUAUUAAUUUAAUUUAAUUUAAAACAAACGUAAAAUAUGUACUACAAUUGGAUAAUUUAAAUUUAUAACUGAUUUGAUUUGAAUACAUUAAAUUUUGGCCAACCUCGAAAGGGUCUGUUGACCUCGAAAUUCCAUUGCAA